AUGAAGCACCUCAAUGUUGAUGAGCUCUGUGCUCUCACUGUUCCAUUUUUGAAAGAGCAGAUGGAACAAGAUUACAACUUGGAGGCUCCAGCAGAGGAGGAAGAAGACCACUUUGUGCCAGUACCUGCUUUGUCAUUUUAUCUCAAGCAUUGGACAGCUGACCAGCUUCAGCUGUUGCAUGAAGCUGACCUGAAAGCCUUUGACAUUCCAUUAGUAGUGAAUAUGCUUCAACACUCCCUUUGCCUCAUUUCUGACUCACAAGCAUUUGUCAAAGUGCUCCCCCCAACAAUGCAUUAUAAGGGCCCUGACCAGGAGGCAGCCCCUUGUCUCCCCCCACCCCUAGCUGAAGCACAACCACAUGAGGCUGUGCAGCACCAAACACCUGCAAUGCUCAUUGACCCCCUCCAGCAUCCAAGUAUUCACCUCUUCCUCCCUCAUCACUGCCUGACAAAUCACCUUGCUCAUCUCCUCCAUGAGCUACACAUGAUCCUGCUCUGGUAG